AUGGAACCUGAAACUUUUGUUAAUUUACUUCUUGACCAUGUCGAGUCAAAAGCUGUAAUUUCCACAGAAUAUAACUAUUUACAUUCUCAUACUUGGGAAGUCGCGCCUGAAAUUGCCGCUAGGCUUCCAAGUACAUAUAAAUCAUAUCAAAACAUCCUUUUGACUUAUAUUUGUUCAAAUAAUAUUGUACCUGAUGGUGAUUUAACGUUCAAUGGAAAUUUUCUGGCUCAUGUUUUAGCAAAAAGAUUACGUGAAUCGGCGAAUCCCAAAACAUAUACAUCAAUAUUGAAGUUUUUCAAUACAUUCGAGCUACCGAAUAACUUUUGUCAACCAAGCCUUGAGCUGUUAAUUAAACAAGUUUUUGAUGAUAGUGAGAUACCGGGACAAACUAUUCAGUGGUUACUAUCAUUUAUAAGAGAUCAGGCUGGAUGGCUAUAUUCAAUUAAUCUCGAAGAUGUCGACGCGGAUGCUGCGGAAUUCCAAAGAAUUAAAAUUUUUCGUGCUUUUCUUUCUGAAAAGUUUUGCAAGAUAUCGAAAACUUUGUUAUAUGAAGAUAUUGAGCUCUUACGAAUGGUACAAGGAAUUUCAAAGGUUAAUGAUAUUAAAGUAAACCCAGAUUAUACUAAUGAAGAAAUAAUUAUUUCUCAGAGAUUACAUGCGUGUCAAGAUAUUUUAGAUAUUGUUACGCUUCAUCCAAGUGAACAUCGAAUACAUCAAUCGGAUCUUUGUAAGUUGAAGAUGAAACCUUUUCUGACAACUUUAAUGUAUAAUAAUAUCGUGAACGAAUAUUUGGAUCGUCUUGAACUUUUAGAGUUAGAGCUUGCACAGUUUCUCAAAAAUAAUCAGGAUAUUUUAGAUUAUGAAUAUUCUGAUAUUUUCAAUAUAUUAACGGGUCGUAAAACCGAGUUGAAUCCAAUUUAUGAAAACUUUUUAACUUUUAGAAGAGAUGAAAUCAUUCUUUUACUAUUGGAUAUUGCCGAAUUCGCUAUAAAUGUCCCGUUCAAGUUUAUGACGAGAGUGAUUCUUACUCUGGCAUUACUGCACAGAUUAUGCAAAGAAAAAUAUCAAAAUUUCGUAAAUGAUUCUAAUUCAUCGAGCAAGGAUGAUGAUUUUAAAGAAAUUAACCGAAUAAUACUUGAUAUUUGGUUGUCAUCAUUUUCUCGACUUCGAAUUUCAAGAUUUUCUUUCUCUCUCCAAACCAAUUCAUCCGAAUAUUGUUUUACUACAGCAUCUCCUGAUACAGAAGAUAAGAUGACAAUUGUGCCUAGACCAAUUUUGACUUUAUUCAUAGAGAAUCUUAGUAAAAUAUUUAAAGUUGUGUUAGAUAAUGACCUUGGAGAAGAAAGAAAAGGCAUUGAAGCUUUGAUUCAUAUAAUAUUUGAUAAAUUAGGAUUUGAAAUACCUUUAGAAGCAAUUCUUAUAGAACCAAAAUAUUUGUUAGAGGUAGUUGAGAAAGAUGAAUAUUGUGAUAUAUUGAAAAUACGUCUUCACAAUGCUAUUCAAGAAAAGUCAAAGUAG